AUGCUCUCCUGCCAUAUUCUAGAUACAACAACCGGUCGCCCAGCAGCCGGCGUUCAAUGUGAACUCCGUAUGGACUCUCAGGUCCUUGAAUCGGGUACUACUGACAGCGAUGGACGUAUCAAGUGGAGAACUGUGGUCCCACAGGGUACCUACAGUAUCCGUUUUUUCACCAAGGAAUAUUUCCAGACGACACAAAGGUCGACAUUCUUCCCCUGGGUGGAUAUUGUGUUUACUGUUGAAAAGGGCGAGAAAUACCACGUACCAUUAUUACUCAGUAACUAUGGCUACUCAACUUAUAGAGGUAGUUGA